AUGUGCGUGUACAACACGGAUCAAGUGUACCCGGAAUACCUGGUCCUCUACCAGCGUCUCCACGGUGGUGAGUCGGCUCCGAGACUAAUGCCGGAGGCUCCCUUUCUGCUGGAGCUGCCGCUCUACUGGAAGAACGUGGACCGGAACCCUGCCAUGGAGGCUUUCCGGGAGCACUGGAUUGUGAAGCCACGGAUCUGCGAGCUCAUCCAGCUGCUUGCCGACGAGACGGCCAGCGGAGCAGCUCUCGAAGUGCUGUCGGCUCGGCGUGUGGAGGAUUCGGGCUUGUGGCUGCAGUACGUGGCCUUCAAGCAGGCCGUCCAUGAGAAGCUCCGGCUGUCAGGGCAGCAGCGAUGUACUCCCCCGCAGGACCUGGCCAGGAGCCUUGGAAACGGCUCCUUGUGGGCAGCACUGGAUGCGGAGCGCCUAGAAGCCCGGGACCUCUCAGUGGCUGUCAAUGAGCUGCUGCUGUGGCAUGGGACUUCACGCGAGGCUGCGGAGUCGAUAGCAGAGCGAGGCUUCGAGAUCUCGGAGAGAAGCACCCACGGACGGCGGUACGGCCCUGGAGUCUACCUUGCGGAAGAUCUGUCGAAAAGCAUCAGCUACUGCCCGGACAAGGCUGGGCCCAAGUAUGUCCUGCUCUGCCGUGCCGUGUGUGGGCAAAUCUUCUACACGGAAAAGGGCUGGCACGAUGAGGCCGGCGAGGAAGCCGCAAGAGGUGACAAGCACUGCGUACUUGCAAACCCGGGCAAGCAGGGCCCGCGGGAAUACAUCCUCCUGCAGUCAGCACAGGUGUACCCGGAGUACAUCGUGGAGAUUGGAGAGGCCUCCCAGCCAGACGUGACCCCGAAGCAGACGCGCGUCUAUGCCUUGACCCUCUGA